UCCUGUUCUAUUUUCGUCUUCACCUUUUCUGGUACACGUUUAUCCUUGUAUCAUGAAUCACGAUGUCUUGAGUACCUGACGGGAGUUGUGGUUGUUCGUAUUCGCCCGGGUUUCGGGACGGUCCUGUGUAUUGCCAUGUUUUUCUUGUUUUAUCCAUUUUUGUAUAUAUAUUUGUAGGUCAUAUUAUGAAUAUCUAUUUUUAUGUGCCUUUUGUAUAUUACUUGGGUGAGAAUUAAUAUAUAGGGAAGUGAGGUGUUAUCAAGCGCGUUCUGGGUGGCCAGUGGUGACGUGGCCAGGGCUGUGUCGACACCAGGGUGGUGUUGGUUGUGUGGGGUGCACCUGGGUCCUGUGUUGGCCUUUGAAGAUUUGACUUACCUGUGCCUUGGAAACUGCGAAGACUGCAUGGUAUUCGUGGGGUGGCCACGCGCUCUUCAGGAACCCGCCACGCUGUUUUCCUUUUCUGGGAAAGGAUGGCAGGUGGUGCCGCGGUGAACACUCCCAACACGUGCAGGAGGAAAACGGUAUACCAACCAUCAGUCAGGACUCUACUAGUGUGUCCCGUGGCACUGAUAAGGCCAUACGAUGGAUGUGCAGUGGUGUGGCGUCGCGGCCUAGUGUUGGACUUCCAGCCCCUCACCACCACUUCUAAGUGCCUGUGUGCUGUUGUAGCUCACAGUCAAUGUGAUAGAUUACUCCUCGUUUCGAUGUACAUGCCUAAUGAUGAUAACUGUGAUCGGAGUUUUGAAAUUUUUGGUGAAGUCUUAAAUGAAUUGUCAGCUAUGAUAAAUUUAUAUGACGGUUAUGAUAUAAUUGCGGGGGAUUUUAAUGUGGAUUUCUAUAGACGAUCUCAUAAUGCUGAUCUUUUAAAACUGUUUCUGAAUGAGGAAAAUUGAUUGUGUCCACCAUUAUCUUCUACUCACACGACCUAUACCUAUGAGUCGGCACGAGGUAAUAGAUCUUGUAUCGAUCAUUUCAUUGUUAAUGAAUCUGCUAUUAGAGCUGGUGAAUGUCUCAACUUUUAUGGAUGGCAACAAUCUAACUGAACAUUUACCUAUAUCUAUAACGACUACUUUAACAGUAAAUGUCUGUAAUACAGAAAAAUUCACACCGCCAAGCGUUGACUGGGAAAAAGCUUUGUCCCUAGAUAAUGGGAACUAUAAAACACUGAUUGAUUUUCAUUUAAGGCAUUUAGAUAUGUCGGGUGUUCUGGCACCAUGUCCUGAUUACCCUUGUAAAACACACAGUAACAUGAUAAUGAACACACUCGAAAAGAUACUUGAAAUAUUAAAGAAAUGUGCUUAUAUUGCUAUACCUAGACAGCGCGUAAAUUGUUGAAAUAUUAAAGAAAUGUGCUUAUAUUGCUAUACCUAGACAGCGCAUAAAUGGAAAGAAAGGAAUACCAGGAUGGAAUGAAUAUGUAAGACCGUAUAAGGACAAAUCCACCUUCUGGCAUGGAAUUUGGAAAAAUGCAGGUUGUCCGGCUAGUGGACAGCUUGCAGAUUUAAGAAGGUUUAGUAGAUCGAAAUAUCACUGGGCAAUUAAACAAGCUAAAAGGAAUGCAGAUGAGAUCUUGAAGAAAAAUACAGCUGUCACUCUUAGAAAUAAAUCAUUCAAAGAUUUCUGAAAGAUCAUUAAAAAAAUGAAAGGAAGAAAUAUGUGUUCUAAUCAGUUUAAUAUUACUCUGUUCCUCCAUAAAGUUUUUUUUUUUUUUUACAUGGAUGUGGUAAGUAAAAAAAGGUCAAAAACACAAAAAGCUAGUUUUUGGUAAUGUUUUGAUUUCCCAUAUAGGGUGCUUUCAAAGCUUUUUAGUGUUUUGGUGCCUAACACUCAAAAACGCUUAAAAGAUACAUUUCCGGAAAUGUGGUAUC